CCCAGAGGCCACAUACAUAGACAUCCCUUGUUUUCCAGGUAGUGAAAAGUACCAUAAUUGCUAACUCCUGAGAUCACAAGGAAAGCAGAGUCACUGUGGGAAUUUGGCAAGACGCAUCCUGCACCAAAUUCUGUGGCCUGUGGUGUGUUGCCUAAGAGAAGCAGGGGUCCAUGAUAGCCACACCAAUACCUGGAAUCAUGGCUAGUGGGGAAGAUGAGCCAAGGAACUGUGUGGUGUGUGGGGACCGAGCCACAGGCUAUCAUUUCCAUGCUCUGACGUGCGAGGGCUGCAAAGGUUUCUUCAGACGAGCAGUCAGUAAAAGCACGGGUCUCACCUGCCCCUUUGCUGGAAGCUGUGAGAUCAGCAAGACCCUGAGGCGCCACUGCCCAGCCUGCAGGUUGCAGAAGUGUCUAGGUGCUGGCAUGAGGAAAGACAUGAUACUGUCGGCAGAAGCCCUGGCAUUACGACGAGCAAAACAGGCACAGCGGCGGGCACAGCAGACUCCUACACAAUUGAGUCAGGAGCAGAAAAAGCUGGUCCAGACCCUUCUGGGGGCCCACACUCGUCAUGUUGGCACCAUGUUUGACCAGUUUGUGCAGUUCAGGCCUCCAGCCUACCUGUUCAUCCAUCAUCAGCCCUUGCCUACCCUGACCCCUGUGCUACCUCUGCUCACACACUUCGCAGACAUCAACACUUUCAUGAUGCAGCAAAUUAUCAAGUUCACAAAGGAUCUGCCUCUUUUCCGAUCCCUGCCCAUGGAGGACCAAAUCUCCCUUCUCAAGGGAGCAGCUGUGGAAAUAUCUCACAUUGUACUCAAUACCACUUUCUGUCUCCAAACACAAAACUUCCUGUGUGGACCUCUUUGCUACACAAUGGAAGAUGGAGCCCAUGCAGGGUUUCAGGAAGAAUUUUUGGAGUUGAUAUUUCGCUUCCAUGGGACACUAAAACGACUGCAGCUCCAGGAGCCUGAGUAUGUGCUCAUGGCUGCCAUGGCCCUCUUCUCUCCUGAUCGGCCUGGAGUUACCCAGAGAGAAGAGAUUGAUCAGUUGCAAGAGGAGAUGGCACUAACUCUGGACAGCUACAUCAAGGAACAGGAACCAAGGCCCCGAAAUCGGUUUCUAUAUGCAAAGUUACUGAGCCUGUUGGUUGAACUCCGGAGUAUUAACAACGCAUACUGUUACCAACUCCAGCACAUAAAGGGACUAUCUGCUAUGAUGCCACUGCUCCAGGAGAUCUGCAGCUGAGCCCCAGCCUGGCCUUCUUCCCCAGCCCACUUGGGACACACUGGA